GCCGCCCCCCGCCUAUGAGUCAGGGCUUUCCCGGACGGCCGCGGCCGGAGCGGCUCGGAGCUUCCCCCGGGCUCCAUGGAGAAGGCGGUGGCGGCAGCGGCAGCGCAGGGCGAUGGAGGCGGCGGCAGCAACAGCAGCAGCCGCAGCAGCAGCCGCCCCACGUCGGCCGGCUCGUCGCCCUCGUCGUCGACCAGUCGUGGGCUCCCGGGCCGGCAGGCGGCGGCUGGGGGGCGGCUGGAGGGCAGCGGCAGCAGCCCCAGCUCGGCGGCGGCCAGCCCGGCGGGGAGCGGCCGCAGGCGGGAGCCGGUGCUGGAGGGGGCGCUCAGCAAGUACACCAACCUCCUGCAGGGCUGGCAGAGCAGAUACUUUGUGCUGGAUUUUGAGACUGGAAUUCUGCAGUAUUUUGUGAAUGAACAAAGUAAAAAUCAGAAGCCACGAGGAGCCGUGUCUUUAGCUGGAGCCAUCAUAUCUCCUAGUGAUGAAGCACCACACAUGUUGGUAGUAUACUCUGCUAAUGGAGAGAUGUAUAAGCUGAGAGCUGCUGAUGCAAAAGAGAAACAAUACUGGGUGACUCAACUUCGAUCUUGUGCCAAGUACCACACAGAAGGCAAUUCUAAGAGUAAUUCCUCACGAAACAGAAGCUUCUCUUUGCUUCCUCAUGGAACAACUAAUUCUGCAUCUCCUAGCAGUCAAAAACACCUGAGUCAAAGUGGGCCUAUGGUUGUCACCAUUACACAUCACAAAUCUCCGGCAGCAGCCCGAAGAGCCAAGAACCAGCAGUCUGGUCAAAUCCAUGAAGUCAGAGAGAUCAUGAGCCAAGUGGAGGGACAGCAGAAGAAUCUUGUGCAAGCCAUUGAAUCCCUUCCAAGUUCUGGACCUCUCUCUGCCUUUGACCAGGACUUGCUGCUUUUAAAAGCUACCUCUGCUGCCACCCUGAGCUGCCUUGGAGAAUGUCUGAAUUUAUUACAGCAGAGCAUGUAUCAAGUGGGCCAACACAAUAAUAGGACAUUGCCUUCAGAAAAUAUUCUGGGAUGGCAUGGGCCAAAGUCUCAUUCUACUGAUGAACUGAAAAAUGGUGCCCUCAGCUCCUUAUCGUCUGCUAGUGCCAGUUUAACGUGGGCCAUAGUACCAACUGCAAUGCAAGAUGGGCAAGCAUUACAGUCGAAUAGUGAGAAUUCAACUCCUGAGUUGAUCCCAGUUGAAGAUGAGAUGACAGAUACCGAAGAUAAUGAAGAGGAGGACUUGGGAGUCAUGGAUGAGCAGCGUAGUGUAAUUCUUCAUCUUAUCUCUCAACUCAAACUGGGCAUGGACCUUACCAGGGUAGUGCUUCCAACAUUUAUUUUGGAGAAAAGAUCCCUGCUGGAGAUGUAUGCAAAUUUCAUGGCCCAUCCAGACCUGUUUUUGUCAAUUGCAGCUGGAGCCACUCCGGAGGAAAGAAUUAUCUGCUUUAUGGAAUAUUAUCUAACAGCUUUUCAUGAAGGCCGAAAGGGAGCUGUUGCUAAGAAGCCCUAUAACCCAAUAAUUGGUGAAAUGUUUCAUUGCUCCUGGGAUGUACCUAAAGACAAAGUGAAACCUUUCAGAACUAAUAGUGCCUCUGCAGUUUCUAAAGACCAAACCAAGGACUUUAGCCAGGACCAGUCAGAGUGUUACAAGCUGAGGUUUGUAGCUGAACAAGUAUCCCAUCAUCCACCAGUAUCUUGCUUUUACUGCGAGUGCAAGGAGAAGAAAAUGUGUGUGAAUACCCACGUAUGGACCAAGAGCAAGUUUAUGGGAAUGUCAAUAGGUGUUUCGAUGGUAGGUGAAGUUUUUGCCGUUUUGGGCAGAGUGAUACUUCUUCAGACAUGUUGCUUUGGUUCUGCAAAAUGGAGAGCAAAAGGAGCCAGGAAGCGAAUACCUGGGAGACCAGAGAGAUGCCUUUGUAAUAUCUCAGUAAUGGAACAAAGUGUUCUUUACUUGAUGGAUCACGAAGAAGAGUAUGUCUUCACCCUGCCCAGUGCCUAUGCUCGUUCUAUACUUACCAUUCCCUGGGUUGAGCUUGGAGGUAAAGUCACUAUUAACUGUGCCAAGACCGGCUACUCGGCUACUGUCACAUUCCACACCAAGCCUUUCUAUGGAGGAAAAGUUCACAGGGUUACAGCAGAAGUGAAACACAAUCCCACCAGUACCAUUGUUUGUAAGGCACAAGGGGAGUGGAACGGCAUGCUGGAAUUUACAUACAGCAAUGGAGAAACCAAAGUGAUUGACACCACCAAACUGCCAGUUAUCCCCAAAAAGAUUAGACCAAUAGUGAAACAAGGACCAUUGGAAUCAAGGCAUCUUUGGCAGCACGUUACCAGUUGUCUGAAAGAAGGCAAUAUUGAUGCAGCAACAGAGCACAAGCACCGCCUUGAGGAGAGGCAGCGAGUAGAGGAGGGGCAGCGUGUGGCUAUUAAUGCUCUUUGGAAACCAAAAUACUUUACCAGAGAGGGCGAUGGUUGGAUAUACUUCAAUCCCCUUUGGAAGUCCCAUUGACAAGACAAAGUGCACUGUUGUCUCAUAACAAAACCAUCUUAGAGGCAUUAAAAUGAUGCAGUAUAUAACCUUCAGGUGUCAUAAGUCCAGUUAUAACAAGAUACAAGUGAGAAGCUAUAUACUGUGAAUGAUGCAUCUCAAAAUAGCUACAAGCUCAAGUUUUAAUCUAGAGCCAUUUUGUAUGUGUGUGUGAGUACACACACAUACUAUGUGUAUAUAUAUAUAUGUGUGUGUGUGUGUGUGUGUGUGUGUGUGUAUAUGUAUAUACACAUACACACACACUAACAGUGAUUCAAGACCUUUUCCUUUAAGUGGUAGUACACAGAGCUUUCAUUGAAGUCAAUGAGGGUUCUCUGUGGUGUGCUUGCAGGAUCAGGCCUUGUGUUGGUAUUCAGAAUACUUUUUUAUUAGUACAGUUUAAGGUUUUCUAUUUUUCACUUUUGCCAAAAAUGUUUUGCACUUAUAAAAUGUGACUUGUCCCCCACAGGCCAUUGGUGAGUCUGAACAAUGGCUAAAUAAUUCAAAAUUUCACAUAAGAAUGAUGCAUUGACCAACGUUCUCUUCGGGGAUAUUGGUUUACUAGCAUGACUUCCUGUCACUUAUAAACGUGCAUUUUCUGCCACCUUAUAAAAAGCAGCAAUAUCAUAAGAAAUCUGUUCAUUCCAGUCCUAGGUGUCCUGUUAGUUUGUGUUCCAGAGAGAUGCUUAAUAUUUUGCGUGCCCAUUUUUCAACCCAUUGACCCUGAAAAUGGUUGAGUGUCUGUCUGUGGCAGUGGUUAUGGUGGGGAAGGCCGGUGUUGUUGGGCCGACUUACUUGAAAGUCCAUUAGUUUUGUGUUAAAGCUCCAAGCAGUUCUGUAUUUAUUGUCUCCGGUCUCUCUCCCUUUUGGUUCAGUUGAUUGCUUUCUCAAAGCGAACUUAUGUCUAGCUGUCUCAUAAAAAAACAUCUAUUACGCCAAAAAAUAAAUGAUGUGGGAACUUACUUCUUUAUGGUGAAUAAGGGCUUCAGUAAUUAAAAGUUGUGGGGCCAUAAUGUUUUGCAAUGUAAAAAUCUAUAGUUGAUUUUACUUUGUAAGGUAACCACUGUGACGAUAAGAAAGUAAACUUCAAAAACCAAUGUAUUAAAGUUUAGUUGCAUUUCAUUCUCUAUCUGUAAAAGUGAGAUGUGUUGAUUUUUGCGAGAUUUACACCAGAUUGACUUCUGCUCAGUGCUUUUUUUUUUUUUACAGUGCUCCUUAAAAACAUCACGGUAUCUCUAACACACUAGCAUGAAUGCCUGACUUUAUGGAAUAUUAAUUUUGUGCCUUUUGCCUACAUUCUUAAUACAAUUGCUCACACUUUCCAGAUACUAGACAAAUAUAUUUAGAUUGAAGUAUUGCUCGUAUCUGUUCGUACACGUCUGCAUUUUACAAGGUUUCUUGUUUGUUUUUUUGGUGGCUGUUAAGGUUACUGAUAGGUAAUGGAAAGCACCAUUAAUUGGUCAUUUGGAACUGGCAUUUAAUUUACAGGAUCUUUCAAUUUUGUGCUUCAGAUUCUUAAUCAGGUGUGGUCCCCUUCCUCCUCUCCUCCCCGUCCCUCUCCCCCUAAUUAAAUUACUUUAUAUUUGCCUGUAUAUACUUAUUUCAGCAUGUGAAAGGCUAGGGUCUUUCUUACACAUAUUGAAACCUAUUAAUAAUUGUAGAAUGUACAGGCCAAGUUUUAAGAAACACUAUUUUGUAAGGAAAAUUUUAUUUUUAGGCCAAGUUAACACUCUGUAAUUAUGUCAAAAUGGUAAGAACUGAACUAACAAGUAUCUUCAGGAGGAUGUAUAUUAUUCAUGGUCUCCAGGAACCCGUACAUAUUGGAUCCACUCUUGUUUUAAAGAGGUUAGUCUGGUAAGUAACUGAAACAUUACAGAGUUAGAAGAUGGUAUCAUUACAAGGGGCAUUCUAAAGUACAAAAUCAAACAGAUCAGAAUCGUAGUCUACUUUUCUCAAAAUCGUAGCUUUCACCCUUACCAAAGAACUGGCAACAUCAAACCUUCCACAUUUUUUCAAAAGUUAAGGUCUGCCUCAGCUUUGCUCAUGACUAUCCAUACUAGAAAGAAUCUGUCGCUGUUUGGAAGAGGAGUUGAAAUAAUUUUGCACUUCUGACUUGGGGAUUUUCUUCUCUGCAUGGUGGUUAGUGCAUGAUGACAACAUUCCAUUUGUGUUCAAAUAAAUCCUUUUGCUUUCAAGGCUGUGAAGACUCUGCUGAUGUUACUAUGCUAUGCUCUCUCUUCUCUCUCCACCUCCUUCCCACCACAAAUCAAUCCUGUAAGGCAGGUCAGAUACUUUUGCUUGAAAGAUCUGAAUCAUCAACAUAUCCCAAAAGGGAGAUUGGAUAAGUGUCUUGCAUAUUUUUAUCAGAAAAAAAUAUUCCAUAUAUUAUAUGAGGAUACUGUAGAAGAGGAUUUUGAAGAUUGAGCAGUAAACAAGCCUUAUUCUAUAGCUUGUUUCAACAGGUGUCUGGCACUUCCAAGUGGAUACUUUCUUUUUGAAUAGCCAAUGUACUCUUUGAAUUGUAAUGUAAAUCUUGAUGUACUUCAGAUCUAAUUUUUUGUGCACACCUGUAGAACCUAUGCAAACUUUUCUUUCUUACGGUAUAACUGUUCAAAAAGAUUUCUACCUUUUAUUGUUUAAAAUUUUGAAAUCCGGCAGUCACUUCUGAUUAGCCUUCCUUUCAUAAUUGUGAAUUAAAAUUACAAACUGACAACACUGUCAAUAAAAGAUUAUUUGAAUUA